AGGCGUCUAUGUUGGAGCACUCUGUUGACCGGGGGAGAAGGUGACUUACCGGGGAGCUCACUUCUAUCGUCCAAUUUACAGCCUAGAUGUUUUAAACAAACAACAACAAAAAAGUCUUUUUUUUCGACAAGUCAACCGCCAUGUCUUCUUUUGGAAGGAUACUGGGGGUCUUUCGGGGGAGCACCCAGCUCCUUCGACGCGGCCCACAAAGAAUAAUGACCAGAAAGGCCAGCGGCGUGCCGCACAUCGAGCCGCAAUACAGACAAUAUCCACAAAUCACCAAGAAACAGAAGUUUAUGGCGGAGCUAAUCAGCAGUGGGAUGUGGUUCUGGAUCCUGUGGCACUGUUGGCACGACCCCGAUGCAGUUUUGGGUCACUUUCCAUGGCCUGAUACGUCUGCAUGGACCGACGAGGAGCUGGGAAUCCCACCUGAUGACGAGGAAUAAGCAGGCUGGAUCUCUGAAGUCAGUGGUUCUCAACCUUUUUUCAGUGAUGUACCCCCCGUGAACAUUUUUUUUAAUUCAAGUACCCCCUAAUCAGAGCAAAGCAUUUUUGGUUGGAAAAAAGAGAUAAAGUAGUAAAAUACAGCACUAUGUCAUCAGUUUCUGAUUUAUUAAAUUGUAUAACAGUGCAAAAUAUUGCUCAUUUGUAGUGGUCUUUCUUGAACUAUUUGGGAAAAAAAUAUAUAAAAAUAACCACAAACUUGUUGAAAAAUAAACAAGUGAUUCAAUUAUAAAAAAAAGAUUUCUACACAUAGAAGUAAUCAUCAACUUAAAGUGCCCUCUUUGGGGAUUGUAAUAGAGAUCCAUCUGGAUUCAUGAGCUUCAUUCCAAACCUUUCUUCACAAAAAAAGAAAUCUUUAACAUCAAUAUUUAUGGAACAUGUCCACAAAAAAUGUAGCUGUCGACACUGUUGUAUUUUUUUUUCACAGUUUAUAAACUUACAUUUAUAUUUUGUUGAAGUAUUAUUCAGGGAUUCACGGUGGCAGAGGGGUUAGUGCGUCUGCCUCACAAUACGAAGUUCCUGCAGUCCUGGGUUCAAAUCCAGGCUCGGGAUCUUUCUGUGUGGAGUUUGCAUGUUCUCCCCGUGAAUGCGUGGGUUCCCUCCGGGUACUCCGGCUUCCUCCCACUUCCAAAGACAUGCACCUGGGGAUAGGUUGAUUGGCAACACUAAAAUUGGCCCUAGUGUGUGAAUGUGAGUGUGAAUGUUGUCCGUCUAUCUGUGUUGGCCCUGCGAUGAGGUGGCGACUUGUCCAGGGUGUACUCCGCCUUCCGCCCGAUUGUAGCUGAGAUAGGCGCCAGCGCCCCCCGUGACCCCAAAAGGGAAUAAGCGGUAGAAAAUGGAUGGAUGGAUGGAUGAAGUAUUAUUCAAUUAAUAUAUUUAUAAAGGAUUUUUGAAUUGUUGCUAUUUUUAGAAUAUUUAAAAAAAAAUCUCGCAUACCUUCAAGUACCCCCAGGGGUACACGGACCCCCAUUUGAGAACCACUGCCUUAAGUGGUCACUCAUAUUGUGCCAACCGCUUUCGCGUUGUCGCCCUCACCACUAAACACCAAUACUGACAACACACAUCCUAGUUGAAGUUGCAAAUUUUGGAUUGGACGAGUAUUCGCGUGACAAAGCUGACCAAAUUUGGCACGUUUACACUCAUCAAAAGCUACAAUGAGUAAAUUGCUCACUGGAAUUCCUAUAACAUAAAUUAUACAUUUAACAUAAAUUAUACAUUUAUCUGUGAAUCUGGCAAAUAUCUUUUAAACUAAUAAUUUUUUGGGGGACCCACCGAUUACCUCGUGUUUUUUUUUUUUUUUUGGGACUACGUCAAAGUCAGAGCUCCGAUGUUCACGCAUAUUUUCCGUCACUUCCAACGCUAAUUUCAUGAAUUUAAUCUUUUGCAUUUUAAGAUACUUUUAAAUAAGGUCAACCAUUUUAAGAUGGGGUAAAUAUUAAGAAAGUUAUGACAAAUAUUAUGACAAGUUAUGACAGGGACGGCGUGGCGCAGUGGAAGAGUGGCCGUGCGCAACCCGAGGGUCCCUGGUUCAAAUCCCACCUAGUACCAACCUCGUCACGUCCGUUGUGUCCUGAGCAAGACACUUCACCCUUGCUCCUGAUGGGUGUUGGUUAGCGCCUUGCAUGGCAGCUCCCUCCAUCAGUGUGUGAAUGUGUGUGUGAAUGGGUAAAUGUGGAAGUAGUGUCAAAGCGCUUUGAGUACCUUGAAGGUAGAAAAGUGCUAUACAAGUACAACCCAUUUUAUUUAUUUUUAACAAAUGGUCACAAUUAAAAUUUUGAGCCCCAGUGACUUUGUAUUGAAGUUGAUCACAAAUGACCGUAUUUUCUGGACUAUAGCGCACACCCACUAAACAUUUAUUUUUUCUAUUAGCCACAACGUUGUGAAAUUAGUUAAUUUACACCGUAAUAUUUUAGUCAUGUUAGGUUAGAUAUCUUGUUUCUAAAUGGUGUUUGAAACACGGCAGUAAAACGGUUGAUCGAACAAAACAGAAGUCAUUUUCAUGGACCCACUCGCUGCGGAAGGUAGCUUUCCAAUCAGACUUAACUCCACGGUGACGUUUUGGUGAAUUCACUAAGCAAUUUGUGAAACUAAAACAAAAACAGAAUGCCAUUGUGAGUUAAUACUAACAGACACUUGUAAAAGUGUUAACAUAUAAGCUAAUUGUAACAAGUUCACUUGAUUAUGAUAGAAAGUAUAAAUAUACAUGAAAACACUCCUACAGACAUCACACAUGGGACAGUUUGUUAUAUUGUGAAAACUUACACGCAUUGCUUGCACUGAUGAAUUAAGAAUCCAUACGAGUAGAAACGCUAUGGAUGACUUGAAUUCCUGAAGGUUCAAAGCAUUAUUUGGAAGGAAAUACUUGACAUUCACCCCGCUGCAUCUGCAUUUAGUGUGAAAUUCUCCAAAAUAUGGUGCCAUAGCACAAGCGAUAACACACCUUUUCGGGGUGUCUGCUUGUUUAAUCAAAACUAUUUAUACAUUUUCAUAAGCCGCAGGGUUCAAAGCGUAGGAGAUAAGUAGUGGCUUAUCAUCAGGAAUUUACGAUUUUCACUGCUUUUAGUUCCAUACAUUUCUUUAUAUUUAUCACAGGGAAAGUGUAAUUACUGAAAUCGUUUUUACAAGAUCAUGUAAAUACAAUUUUAAGAUUUUACACACGUACCUACUUAAAAAGUCGGACACAUUUGGUUUGGAAAUUGGGGUUUUGAGAAAUAACUUUACCUGGGUGUGUCAUUUUUUAUGUCCCUGUGGUAGACAAGUUGACUAAAGUAAUUGUGUUUUCUUUGUAGAUCAUCUGGAUUGAAGCCACAAGUCAUGGUUCUACAUUUACUAAUAAAAUAUAUUCUAAAUGCA